AUGGGUGCAUUUCAGGCCACACGAAAACAUUUAGCAGUUUUUCUAUUACUAGUUGCCUGCAAUGAUUCGCUUCUAACUCAUGGCAGGCAAAUAAAGCCAUUAAACCAGCAUUCCUCGCUAAACAAAGGCACUUUAAAACCUCUUAAAGCCAGAGUUAGCAAUGUUCCUACACCAUCAUCAGAGAACAAGAAAGUAGAUUCAUCUGCGAUACCAAAACAUGGUGUUGCAAGUUUUGAUGAUUCGGCUGACACAAAUGCUUUCCGACCAACAACACCUGGAAGCAGCCCUGGCGUUGGUCACCGAAAAUUUGAAGAUAAAGAUGUGAAAGCAAUGGUGGCAGUUCAGAGUCCUGAUGUUAAAGUUUAUGCAGCUGGUGCCACAACAAAUGGUUUCAAACCUACAGAUCCAGGUCACAGCCCUGGAGUGGGCCAUUCUCAGCAAAACAAAAUUGGACAGCUAAAUUAG